ACAUGGCGCAACUCUAGCCACUUCUUCACCUAGUUAACCGUAGCCACUUCCCAUUCAUUCAUCGUGAAUAUGUUUAAAACACGGAAAAAAGUGUUCCAGUGUUAGAAAAACGUGCAAUUUUCGAAAAAGUUUUAAGAUGUAAAAAGUGAAGUGGGCCCCAAAUGCAGUCAAGUUCUUCGACCAUGGCGGGCAUCGACCCCCAUACGACUCAAAUGAACCAGUUCAGGAGCUACGUCACGAUGUUGGGGGACGCCAACUGUAAGGACGUCCUGAAACUGAAAGCCACGCAGGAAAUUAGCAAAAAUUUCGAGAUCAUUCUUUCGUCGUCUCUCUAUCAGAGUUUUUUGGACCACUCUGUGAAAAUCUUCCUGAAAAUACUACAAGAGGGCGAUCCGCAUUUUAUCGCCGAGUAUAACAUACAGCAAGUGCGUAAAUUAAUUCUGGAGAUGUUGUACAGACUGCCAACGAAUGAUCUUCUGAGACCUUAUGUUAAGUCGAUUUUGUCGCUCAUGUUGCGCCUUUUGGAGAUUGAUAAUGAGGAGAAUGUUUUGAUCUGUUUGAAGAUUAUCAUCGAGUUGCAUAAGCAGUAUCGGCCGGCGUUUAAUCCAGAAAUACAACAUUUUCUCCAAUUUGUUAAGUCAAUUUAUUCGGAUUUGCCCAAUCAUAUGGACAAGAUUUUUGAACCUAGGGCGCCAAUUAAAGUCAAUAAUUUAAAUGAGUUGAACAUUGAGGAGUUACUUAAGGAGACGUUCACAAUGACGACCAUACAAACUGAGAAGAAGAAUAAAGAUGACACUUUAGUCACGUAUUACUUAAUCCCUAAAGCCGUCCUCUCCCUCAAAGUCCUUCAGGAACUCCCAAUAAUCGUUGUCCUCAUGUACCAACUGUACAAACAAAGCGUCCAUCAGGACGUCAGUGACUUUAUCCCUCUAAUCAUGAAAACAAUCACCCUCCAACCCAGUCCCGAACAACGCCAAGCCCCAACUUUCAACAAAGAAAUCUUCGUUGAUUUUAUGGGCGCUCAAGUGAAAACUCUAUCAUUCCUCGCCUACAUCAUCAAAUUCUACCUCGAACACGUCCAAAGCCAUUCCGCCAUGAUGGUCCAAGGCAUGCUAGGACUCCUCAUGCUAUGUCCAAUGGAAGUGGCUCAUCUCAGACGCGAGUUACUCAUUGCCGCUCGCCAUAUCCUAGCAACCGAUCUCCGAAAUCGAUUCGUCCCCCACAUGGAGAAGCUCUUCGAUGAGGACGUCCUCCUUGGCCGCGGUUGGACGACGCAUGAGUCGCUCCGCCCACUCGCCUACUCCACAUUGGCCGAUCUGGUGCAUCACGUGCGCCAACAACUGCCACUCAGCGAUUUAACACGCGCUGUUCAUUUGUUCAGCAAAAACGUACAUGAUGACACGUUGGCAACGACUAUACAAACCAUGUCGUGUAAACUACUCUUGAAUCUCGUCGACUGUAUUCGGGCACGUUCGGAGGCCGAGAAUAGCACCGAAGGUCGCGAGUUGCUAAUGCGCAUGCUUGAAGUUUUUGUCGUCAAAUUUAAAACAAUAGCUAAAAUACAACUUCCGAUUUUAACGGCAAAGUGCAAACAACAACAACAAAAAACACAAGUCGAGAUUAAGACUGAAGAUGGCGCUGCAAAUCCGGCGGAAGUUCUGGAAAAUGCGCUCGCGACGACGCAAAAUCGCGCCGAACAAAAGGAGGAAAAGUCGAAAUUUGGUUUUCCGCAAAAUAAUAAUUACAACGUUGCUGAUUAUCAUAGUCUUGUUAAGACUUUAGUGUGUGGGGUUAAAACUAUAACGUGGGGCUGUUCGGCGUGUAAGUCGAGUUCGAGUCAUAGUUUGGUGGCAACGAAACAUUUUCAACCGCAUGAAACGCUGGUUUUUGUCAGAUUGGUUAAGUGGGCUUUGAAAGCGUUAGAUAUCUAUACGUUGUAUCCGGGACCUCAAGUGACAGGUCCCCAAAGGAUUAACCAACAAAAUGAAAGGAAUAAGGAGGAGAAGGUGGUUUUGGAACAUUUCAGUGGAGUGUUUUCGAUGAUGAAUCCGCAAACGUUUCACGAGAUUUUUUCAACGACUAUUGAGUAUUUGGUCGAGAGGGUUUACAAGAAUCCGACUUUGCAAACGGUUCCGAACACUUUGCUUGCAAACCCGGCCACAAGCCCAAUUUUCGCGACCGUUUUGGUCGAAUAUUUACUAGAACGAAUGGAAGAGAUGGGUUCAAAUCUCGAACGUAGCAAUCUCUAUUUGAAACUCUUCAAAUUAGUGUUUGGUAGCGUUUCGUUAUUUCCACAAGAAAACGAGAACAUGCUGCGUCCACAUUUGCACCAAAUCGUCAAUAGAUCAAUGGAGUUGGCAAUGAGUGCCAAAGAACCGUACAAUUACUUCCUCCUUUUGCGCGCACUUUUCCGCUCAAUCGGAGGCGGAAGCCACGAUUUACUCUACCAGGAGUUCCUCCCGCUCUUGCCCAAUCUUCUCGAAGGUUUAAACCGGCUACAGAGCGGUUUGCACAAACAACACAUGAAGGAUCUCUUCGUUGAGUUGUGUCUAACCGUUCCGGUUCGGUUAAGCUCACUCUUACCCUACCUACCUAUGCUGAUGGAUCCGUUAGUGUCGGCUUUGAACGGUUCACACAUUUUGAUAAGUCAAGGCUUGCGCACGUUGGAAUUGUGCGUCGAUAACUUACAACAUGAUUUCUUGUACGAACAUAUCCAACCGGUCAGGGCCGACUUGAUGCAGGCCUUGUGGCGGACUUUGCGUAACAAUGACCAGGUGGCGCAAGUGGCCUUUAAAGUUUUGGGUAAGUUUGGAGGUGGGAAUCGGAAAAUGAUGAUUGAACCGCAAAAACUGGACUAUGUGUCGUCCGAUUACGACCCACCAGCGAUCAUUGCCAAGUUUUAUGAUCAGGAUAAGACGAUUGAGUUUCCGGUGCAAAAGAUAAUCGAGACUGCGUUUAAUGCACUUAAACAGAGCAACACUGAUUCGUUCUACCGCAAACAAGCGUGGGAAGUUAUCAAUUAUUACCUAACUGCGUCUCGUAAUCUAUCUGAUGAUAAAAAUACGCUAAUUAAUCUGUUUCUUCACUCGACGUUCCAAGACCCUAAAACUAUACCUCAAGUUAAGGGUUCGGUCUAUAAGAGCAUUUAUAAACAAGCACGUGAGACACAUCAGACCGCUCUCACCGGAAUGUUUGUUGCUGCAGCUAUUAAAGAAUUGCGGCAACCAGUUGUUGCUUUGAUGGUUGCUGUCGUCCGUCAUUACACCAUGGUGGCGGUGGCGCAACAAUCGGGCGCGUUCGCUUGCACGCCGAAACAUAACGAACAAGUGGCACUUGACCCACUUGUGUUGGUUGAUGCUCUGGCAGUGAUUAUGGGACAUGAGGAGAAGGAGUUGUGUAAGCCGGGUCACGUAGGCCUUGUUUUAAUCCUCGAUACGGCCUCUACACUGCUCGGAAGCAAGGAAAUGGCCUGUCGUUUACCCUUGAUUGAGUAUUUAUCCGAAAAAAUGUGUGCCCUUUGCUACGAAAGAGCAUGGUAUGCAAAAUUAGGCGGCUGUAUAGCUAUCAGUUUUAUGUUCGAACGGUGUGCCCGUAAGUGGGUUUAUGAACACAUGUUUACGUUCUUGAAAGCGUUACUGUUCGUUAUGAUGGAUUUGACGGGUGAGGUGUCCAGUGGCGCCCUCGAUAUGGCCAAGAAUAAUCUGGAGAAGAUGUUGAAUGUUUGUGUGACGGAACCACCGAAAGGUGCCGAUCAGGAAACGCGUGACUUGCAAAAGAAGGCGCUGCAUGAGGUCACACAUGAAUUGGUGCGUCAAGUCACCAGUCCCCAUACUAUGGUGAGGGAACAAUCGAUGCACUCGUUGCGUCUCUUGGCCGAAAAACAAAACAAAUCGGUCACUUCGGUCAUGGAACCGUUCAAAGAAGUGCUAGCAGAUAUGGUACCACCUACCAAACAUCUACUCAAACACCAACCGGCCAUUGCCCAGAUGGGCUUAAUGGACGGCAACCAGUUCUGUACCACCUUGAACCCCCGACUGUUCACAAUCGAUCUAUCAAUCAAAGAACACAACUUGUUCAUCCUCGACCUCCUCUCACUGUGUAACAGCGAAGACGUCAAACUGAACACGUUCAGUUGCUACAAAAACAUCACCAAUUUCAUACCGUUGAGGAAAUCAGCAUUGCGCGUCCUCGCCGCCUGUCAUUACCUCGAAGAAGUGCGCGAGCAAAUUUUCCAAGUGUUGUACAAAGCCCUCGAAAAGCCCAACGCCGAGCUACAACAAACCGCAUUCGAAUGUAUGCGUGAUUUCAUCGCUGGAUAUCAAGUCAACAAGGACUUGGUCUACCAAACCAUUAAACCCUUCCUACUCACGCUAGGCGAUGCCAAAAAUCUGACCCUUAACGGCGUCAAAAUGCUAUCAUAUUUGACACAACUAUUCCCGUUGAAUUUCAACGAGAGUUUGUGUGAGCAACUGUUGGAAUUGCUCAAACAACUACUCGAAAACUUGACAAAUAGCCACAAAGUGUCCACCGGUGUGUCGAAGAAAGGCGACGAGGAGCAAAAAAUCGUCACAAUCAUCGGGAUAUUUCACCAAACGCCGGCCGCCUCCUCGAAGUUUAUAAAUCAGUUGUGCCAACUUAUUCUCCAAACGGAGCAGGCCAUGCUGAUCGAGGCCAGCUCUCCCUUCCGGGAGGUUCUAAUGAAGUUUUUGUUGCGUUAUCCCGGUGAUACGCUCGAUAUGUUCCUCGAUGAUACCUACGUUAAGGAUAAACAGUUUAGUCGGUAUCUUGAGUUUUUGAUUAAGCAUAAGGAGGGGAAGAGUUUUCGUGACUAUAUACAAACCAGUAUGGUUAAGAGAUUGAUUCAGAUGGCGCUGGCCAACGUCCACGUUAAUUACACUCUGAGUGAGCAGGAACGUAACGAAUUGCAAUAUCAGAGUAUUAGGAUUAUAUCCUUGUUGAUAAAAAGUGACGAUCAGUGGUUGUCCGAACAACAGGAGUUGGUGGAGGCGUUGAAACAGAUUUGGUGUGAUGAUGCGUAUCAGGAGCGGCAUAAAAGUGUCGAUAACUUGGAGUAUCCUCAUUGGAAGGAACCCAAACUUUUGGUCAAGAUUCUCUUGCAUUAUUUCUGCUACCAUCCGAAUAACGUUGAUUUGUUGUUCCAACUGUUGAGGUGUUUGUGCCACCGCUUCAUACCCGAGUUUCAGUUUUUGAAAGACUUCCUCGCCAAUACAGUCGCCCAAAACUAUACUGUUGAAUGGAAACGCUCGGCGUUUUUCCGCUUCGUUAAGCUUUUCCCGACUAACUCUAUGUCCCAAGAACUGAAAUCAAAAGUGUUACAAUUUAUUCUGAUCCCUUGUUUCGCCGUCAGUUUCGAAAAGGGCGAAACGAACAAACUAGUCGGGGGUCCCCCCAUGCCCUACCAGGACAGUCCCGAUAACGUGGUGUCCGUUUUUAUCAACAAACUCAUCGAUCCUGAUAAUCCCUUCCCCACAGCCGACUGUGUCCGAAUCGCGCUGUUACAAUUCUCGUGUCUGCUCGUUGAACAAGCGAGUCCACACAUCCACGACCAUAAUAAGACGCAAAGUUCGAAACUGCGUCGUUUGAUGACGUUCGCGUGGCCGUGUUUGCUGGUUGAGAAUUGUUUCGACCCAGCGACACGUUACCACGGCCACCUACUACUGUCCCACAUCAUUGAUAAGUUUGCCAUCCACCGGAAGAUAAUCCUUCAGGUGUUUCACAGUUUGUUGAAAGCGCACGCGCUUGAAGCGCGCAAUGUCGUCAGGCAGGCGUUGGAAAUCCUGACGCCUUCGAUGCCCCUCCGUAUGGAGGAGGGUAACACGAUGUUGACGCACUGGACCAAGAAAAUAAUCGUGGAUGAAGGACAUUCCAUGCAACAGUUGUUCCACAUUUUGCAACUUGUUGUCAAACAUUACAAGGUGUAUUAUCCCGUGCGCCACCAUUUGGUGCAACAUAUGGUCAACUCGAUCCAAAGACUUGGCUUCAGUCCAACUGCAACACUGGAACACCGGAAAUUGGCAGUUGAGUUGGCUGAAGUCAUAAUCAAGUGGGAGCUGUACGGGAUUAAGGAGGAGGGUGAUUGUGAUGGCGUUGAAAACGUUGCAACUAAAAGACCAAAUGAUGAUGCGAUUGAAACUCAGCGGAAACGUUUAGCUGUGUCACAACCCUCAACGUCAUACUCACCCACGCCGGUGGUAAAACAGGAACCUGGGAUUAAUAAGCCAAUUGACCGCGUCCAUAUUGACACAGUUUUGAAUUUUUUGCUGCGUCUCGCGUGUCAAGUCAAUGAUAGCGCGCCCCAAAACCCGGCCAAUCCGACUGUGAGCAGCCCCGGCGAGUUACUCUCACGCCGUUGCGUUAUUUUACUCAAAACGGCCCUUAAACCGGACCUGUGGCCACAACCGAUUGACCUAAAGUUGGCGUUCUUUGACAAAAUACUUCUCACGAUUGAGGGCCCAAGCCCUAAUAUUGGCAACGUGUGUACGGCGCUUGAACUGUUAACUUAUCUCUUGACUGUGUUGAAAAAAGAGCAAAUUCUGGCGAGUUUUAAGCCGCUCCAGCGCGGUCUAGGUGCGUGUAUAACGUCCACAAACAACAAAAUCAUAAAGCUAGUGCAUGGGCUUUUGACCAAGUUAAUGGCACUGUUCCCGACCGAGCGUUCCAGCACAACCGUGUGCAAAUACGAGGAGUUGGAGAUUUUGUAUUCAACCGUGGGGAAGGUGAUUUUCGAAGGCUUGAAUAAUUACGAGACGAACGCGCAAGCGAAUUCGUCCAGUCUGUUCGGAACUAUGAUGAUUCUGAAAGCGGCAUGUGCCAAUAACCACUCGUAUAUUGACUUGUUGAUUACGCCCUUUAUGCGGGUUUUGCACCGGCUGGCUAAGGAGCAUUUGCAGCCGACGUCCACCGAAUACGCCGCAAUUAACAGUGAACUGCUCAUCUUGAGUCUUGAUCUUGUUAAAACGCGCGUUGUUGUGAUGGGUGUUGAUAUGCGCAAGACUUUUAUUGGCACGAUUCUUGUCGGUCUUAUUGAAAAAACGCAGGAUAUUAAGGUGAUGAAAGCUAUCACUAAAAUGCUAGAAGAGUGGAUGAAGUGUAAGAACGUUGUAACACUUAACCAGGCACCGAGUCUAAGAGAAAAGUCUAUUCUUUUGGGGAAAAUGAUGCAAUAUGUUGAGAAACGGUUUCCGGAAGAUGCCGAUCUUAAUGCACAGUUUUUGGAGCUUGUCAGCUACGUUUACACUGACAUAAAUUUGAAAACAACCGAGCUGACUUCAAAGCUAGAACCGGCUUUUUUGGCCGGUUUACGCUGCAAUCAGCCUCAUAUCCGUGCCAAGUUUUUCAAAAUCUUCGACGAGUCAAUGCGACGUCGUUUACACGACCGCUUACUAUAUAUAGUGUGUUCGCAAAAUUGGGAAGCAAUCGGCCAACACUAUUGGAUCAAACAGUGCAUUGAAUUGUUACUCGUGACUGCUGUCCCUGACACUUCCAUACAAAUGGCACACGAAAGCAGCAUUCUCCCGAGUAUCACUUCGGUGAUAAAUUCCGCCGAAAAACGCGAAGAAUUCAGCAGUAUGCAGGUUGAUAAUCCAAAUUUCUACACUUCGACCGAAAUCAAAGAAGAAGUGUUAGACUUGGACUUGUCAAAUGUGGAGUCAAAUCCACCAAUUGAGGAAAAACCAAUCGAUCGCGCCGAAACUAUUUCGAAAAUGAUCAAAAAACACUAUGAAUUUAUCGAGAUUAGUCGAAACGUAACGACUGAUCAAUUUCUAUUGGCGGCUUCGCAGCUGUGUCACAUGGACACGAGUCUAGCCGAACAAGUCUGGCUCCAGUUCUUCCCCCGAAUUUGGGAAAUCCUGGAACAGGACCAACGCAACGUCCUGGUCCAGGAAAUCCUCCCGUUCAUAACCUCCGGCACCCACAUCAUCCAGAAAGACUGCCAUCCGAGCGCCAUCAACACGUUCGUGGAAGCCCUAAGUCGGUGCAACCCCCCGAUCCAAAUCGCCCCGCCCCUUAUGAAAUACCUGGGUAAAUCCCACAAUCUCUGGCACCGUAUGGCGCUCGGAUUGGAGCAGAUGGCCUUUGACCCCGCCUCUGCCAAAGCGACCAAUGCCAGUUGCUACGAUUUUGAAACGGACCAAUCGAAAAACGAGCUGCUUGAUUCCUUGGGCGAGUUGUACUCGUUGCUAUGCGAGGAGGAUCUGUGGGCGGGGCUUUGGCUCAAGCAUGCGCACUACAAGGAGACGAGUAUUGCGAUUGCGUACGAACAGCAUGGGUUUUUUGAGCAGGCGCAAGGUGCGUAUGAGUCGGCCAUGGCCAAACAUAAGCAGGAUAAUUCCAUGGGUCCGGUGCCUACGCAUACGCAACGGGAGGUGCUGUUGUGGACUGAGAGGUGGAUCAGGUGUACCAAGGAGUUGAACGAGUGGAAUAUUUUAAUGGAGUAUGCGAAGAAUGGGGUUUAUGAUCCAUAUUUGUUGCUGGAGAGUGCCUGGAGGAUCCCCAAUUGGGAUAUUAUGAAGGAGGUGCUCAGUAAUGUGGAGUAUAACUGUCCCAAGGAGUUGGGUUGGAAGAUCACAAUGUAUGGCGGUUUUCUCCUAAUCUGCCAACCAGAAGAGAGCAAACCUUUAAAAUUCGUGGAACGAUAUGUUGAAAGCGCCAGCGCCCUCUGUCUGAACGAGUGGCGCCGCCUACCACAUAUCGUCAGCCACAUCCACUUGCCCUAUCUCCAAGCCGCCCAACAAAUAAUGGAGUUACAAGAAGCCUACCAGAUUCACAAAGGCCUUCUUCAAGGCCACCAAAACUCCCUCCAUGACAUGAAGGCCAUUGUGAAAACAUGGCGCAACCGACUUCCGGUAAUCGCCGACGACUUGACCCACUGGAACGAUAUUUUCACAUGGAGACAGCACCAUUAUCAAGUGAUCGUAAACCACUACGAGUCAAUCAGAGACACCACCAAUACCAACUCAAUGUUGGGCAUACACGCCUCGGCUCAAUCGAUCAUCCAUUUCGGGAAAAUUGCCCGAAAACACAAAUUAGUCAACGUUUGUUUGGAAUCACUCAAUCGGAUCUACUCGAUCAAAAGCGUCCCGAUCGUCGAUUGUUACCAAAAAAUCAGGCAACAAGUCAAGUGCUACCUACAGUUGGCAUCAAUGAACAACAAAAACGAGCUACAAGAAGGCUUGGAAGUGAUCAACAACACCAACGUGAAAUACUUCGCUAAAGAACUCACCGCCGAGAUUUACGCCCUCAAGGGCAUGAUUUACCACUUGAGCAACAAAUCGGACGAAGCCAAUAAGUCGUUCAGCGCCGCCGUGCAAAUGCACGACACUUCGAUCAAGGCUUGGGCGCUUUAUGGUGACUAUUUGGAGCAGGUUUUUACACGUGAUUCGCGUCAAAUCAAUUUGGGUGUGAAUGCAAUGGCGUGUUUUUUGCACGCCUGUCGGCAUCAAAACGAGUCUAAAGCACGCAAAUAUUUGGCUAAAGUUUUGUGGCUUUUGAGUUAUGAUGAUGAAAAUUCAAGUUUAAUGGACGCGUUAGAUAAGUAUUCGGUCGGGGUUCCCCCGAUUUUGUGGUUGCCGUGGACGCCACAACUGCUCAAUUGUUUGGUCCAGUAUGAGGGGCACGUGAUUUUGAACUUGCUAUGUCAGGUUGGUAGAAUGUUCCCUCAGGCUGUGUACUUCCCCAUCCGUACGUUAUACCUAACUUUACGUACGGCAACAGCGCGUAAAACAAACACAGUCCAACAACAACCCCAAGACCAAACCGACACUCAAAAUAACCAACAAGAGAGUGGCAACACUGCCACAAUCACAACCAGCGAAACAUCUUCAAUCAAAGCAACACCUGCUAUGAUCCGCUGUUCAAAAAUAAUGAAAAUGCAACGUGAUAUUCACACCACGGCACUGUCAAGUCUCGAAGGAAUUGCCAAUCAAAUGGAGUGGUUUAGAGAGAAUUGGUACGAAGAGGUUUUGAGACAGUUAAGGCAGGGUUUGACUAAAUGUUACGCGAUUGCGUUCGAGAAUCGUGAAAGUGUAAAUGAGGCUAAAAUAACACCACAUAUACUUAAUUUUGUGAAAAAGUUAAUGUCGACGUUUGGCAUUGGUGUUGAGAAUAUUGGUUCGGUGGUUACGUUUAAUUCGGCAGCUAGUGAAAGUCUGGCCAGGAGAGCCGAAGCUACGUAUCAGGAUCCGGUGUUUAAGGAGAUGAAGCAGGAUUUUACCAAGGAUUUUGAUUUUUCGCAAACGAAUUCGAUGCGCUUGCAUACGUUGAUUUUUAAGCUGAAGAAGUGGAUCAAGAUUUUGGAUAAUCGUUCCAAGAUGUUGUUACAGUCGUUCCUAAUUGAGGAAAAAUGCCGUUUCCUCUCAAACUUCACCCUUAAAACCGCCGAAGUGGAAAUCCCCGGCGAAUUUCUCCUCCCCAAACACAACCAUUACUACGUUCGCAUAACUCGUUUCAUGCCUCGUGUUGACGUCGUCCAAAAACACAACGCCGCCGCCAGGCGUCUCUACAUCCGUGGUCACAACGGAAAAAUCUACCCUUAUUUAGUUGUCAACGAUUCGGGUCUAGUCGACGCACGUCGUGAAGAACGCGUCCUUCAACUUCUGCGCAUGCUCAAUCACUGUCUCGGCAAACAGAAAGAGACCGCACGACGUUUUCUCCACUUUACCGUACCGCGCGUUGUUGCCGUCUCGCAGCAAAUCCGAUUGGUCGAAGAUAACCCCGCCUCCAUCUCCCUAUUGGACAUUUUCAAAAAGGGGUGUGCCAAGCUAGGCAUCGAGCACGACGAUCCCAUUCAUUACUACUACGAACGCUUGGGUGGGGUGCAGAGUAGGGGAAUCAAAGCGAGCCAUCAAUUGAGUAGGGAUAUUUUAAAAGGGGUGCAAACAAACAUGGUACCAAGAACGUUGUUGAAACAAUGGGCGGUCCAAACGUUCCCAUCAGCCACCGAUUAUUGGCAGUUUCGGAAAAUGUUCACAUUGCAGUUGGCUUUGGCCUGCUUUGCCGAACAUGUCUUGCACUUGACGAGACUUAAUCCCGACAUGAUGUACUUGCAUCAGGAUUCGGGAUUAAUGAACGUGGCCUACUUUAAGUUUGAUGUGGAUGAUGGGACGGGGGAGUUUGGGGCCACCAGAUCGGUGCCCUUUCGGCUGACGCCGAAUAUUGUCGAGUAUUUGUCGAGUAUUGGGAUUAGUGGGCCUUUGACAGCGUCCAUGAUUGCGACGGCGAGGUGUUUCGUUUAUCCGAAUUUUAAAGUAACGGCGAUUUUGAAGCCGAUUUUGAGAGAUGAGAUGGUUUUGUCGAGGAUGAAGAAGCCGGAGGAAGUGGCAGGGAAUAAUACGGAGAAGUUGAGCGAUAGCGAACAGAUUAUUAAUAUGGUCAAUAAGGCAGUGACGUCGAUCUCCAGUCGGUUGAACAGUUUGGCGCAUUUUGACGGAGCUGAUAGCAAGGUCUCAACUCUUGUAAACGCAGCAAUCAGUCACGACAACUUGUGCCGGAUGGACCCAGCGUGGCAUCCCUGGCUGUAACUUUAGUAUUAUUUACUUUAAUUAAAGUGAUAUUUUUUGUAAAAAUAAACUUCUAAAAAUAA